AUGAGCAUAGCAGAUGCCGUGAAAAGACCCAUCAACCAUGCCAAUUUUGCCGAGCUUCACGCACUUACUGAGCUACAUACUGUGGUUGAGUACUUGAUCAAACCCCCAGAAGACUGCCUAGCCCAGGGAGCAGACCCGGAGGGUUUUACCAACGCCAAAAUACCCCUCUACAGGCGGCUACCACAAUCGCUUGAGAUGCUGCAUGUUAUGAGACCCGGCAAUCAGGAUCGGUUUCGAUUGCUUAUGGUUGCCAUUCGCCAGAUAAUUCAGCAUAAUUCAGCGUAUUUCCCUCGACUGCGUGAAAUAUGUCUCGAGGUGCCCUUUGAAGGGGAUGGUACCGCGUUUGAUAUGCCGUCUCUGCAGCAAGGAGUCGAACGAGAGGGAGUGAGACUGCGCAAGUUGGACAACACAGGAUAG